UAUUACUGGCUUGCUCUCCAGGCACCGCUGAGCUCACUGCCUCUGCGCCAAUCACAGCCUGCCCUUACCUACGCGCACAUGCAUGCAAGAACUCAGACACAAACCGCGUCACACAUGUACGCGGCGAUCCAUCGCUCCGGUUCUCCGCUGCCUUUUGCAUGCGUCCCCAGCGACUCCGCGUAGCGCCGGCUGCGCCAAGAUGAGCGGUCAUCCCGGUACCAUUUAAACGUCUCGUCGCCUUACUGACCCAGAGCCGGAGAGAGUGAGAGAGAGAGAGAGAAAAGAGAGAGAGACCAUCUUUCCUCUCUCAGCACAUCUUCCUUUCGCUAGGAAGACACCGCAGCAGCCGUUUCUUUCGGCAUCUUCCCCCCCUCCUCCUCCCGUUCUUGCUGCAUCCCUCCGUUGUUAUCGCUCUCCCGGUUUAAAGGAGAAACCGGAGAGUCUGGGCGUGAUUUUGUGGAAAUACAUUUUUAUAUAUUUUUUCCUGCCGGGUGUUGGUAGCGCGCAGUUGGUGCGCGCUUUUGUAAAUUUCGGUGAAUGGUGGAUUUGGCAAACAUGGAGACCGUGGAGAAGGAAUGCGGGGCCCUCGGGGGUCUAUUCCAGGCGAUUGUCAACGACAUGAAGUGCUCCUAUCCUGUGUGGGAGGACUUCAGCGCCAAAGCCACUAAGCUGCAUUCCCAGCUCCGAACCACCGUUCUGGCUGCUGUGGCCUUUUUGGAUGCCUUUCAGAAGGUGGCAGAUAUGGCUACCAACACCAGAGGAGCAACCAGAGACAUUGGUUCAGCCCUGACCAGGAUGUGCAUGAGGCAUCGUAGCAUUGAGGCCAAACUUCGCCAGUUCACCAAUGCUUUGAUGGAGAGUCUGAUCACUCCUCUUCAGGACAAGAUUGAGGAUUGGAAGAAGACAGCCAAUCAGCUGGAUAAGGAUCAUGCCAAAGAGUACAAGAGGUCACGGCACGAGAUCAAGAAAAAGUCAUCUGACACCAUCAAGCUACAGAAAAAGGCUCGAAAAGAGCUGCAGGGGCGAGGGGACCUGCAGCCUCAGCUGGACAGCGCCAUGCAGGAUGUGACUGAUAUGUGCCUGUUGAUGGAGGAGACAGAGAAGCAGGCAGUGCGUCGAGCCCUCGUGGAGGAGAGGGGUCGCUUCUGCACCUUCAUCGGCUUCCUUCAGCCAGUUGUGAACGGAGAGAUUGCCAUGCUGGGAGAGAUCACCCACCUCCAGGCCAUCAUCGAUGACCUCACUGUGCUGACAACUGACCCUCACAAACUGCCCCCAGCGAGUGAACAGGUGAUCAAAGACCUGAAGGGUUCAGAUUACAGCUGGUCCUAUCAGACCCCUCCUUCAUCACCGAGCAGCUCUGGCUCCCGCAAGAGCAGCAUGUGCAGCAGCGUCAACAGUGCCCACAGUAGUGCCUCCCGUUCGUCAGGGGGAGGCGGUAGUGGUGGUAUUGGUGGUAGUGGGGGAGGCUCCCAGCCCCACUCACCCACCUCAUCCUCCUCCUCCUCCUGUCGCUACCGCAGCAGCCUGUCGCACCAGCCUCCGCCACCAGUGGGCAUCGCCGCCCACCGCCUCAGCAGCGUCUCCUCCCACGAUUCAGGCUUCGUGUCCCAGGAUGCGAACAUCUACUCCAAGCCUCCCUCGCCCAUGCCCUCAGACAUCACUAGCCAGAAGUCAUCCAGCUCAGCAUCCUCAGAGGCCUCAGAAACAUGCCAGUCCGUCAGUGAAUGCAGCUCCCCCACCACUUUUGGCACGUCCUUCGCUACCUUCCGCCCUGCUCUCUCUCACUCUGGCUCCACCAGGCCUCUCUCUGUCAUUCUUCCUGUUCCUGCGUCCCCACCCUAUAACCGCCCCUCCGGAUCCAGCUCCUCCUCUCCCACAUCAAAGGUUCCUAUCUGGAAGGAUUGGUCCAAAGCAGGUCAGUAUGAGCAGCCGGUGGCUGCAGCAGCUGUUCAGAGGAGAAAGGAGCCUCUCGAUAGACUGAGGGAGAACGAGGGAUCACCGGGCUCCCAGGGAUAUGCGGGGCCAUCACACCCUGAUGACUCGCAGAGAUCCAGGAUGACCCCUGCUACCAUUGCUGCCAAGCAUGGAGAGGAGGUUUCUCCAGCGGCCAGUGACCUGGCCAUGGUGCUGACCAGAGGGCUGAGUAUGGAACAGCAGAAAAGCAGCAGAGACUCCCUGCAGUACUCCAGUGGUUACAGCACAGAGACCACAACACCGUCCUGCUCUGAGGACACAAUUCCUUCACAAGGUUCAGAUUAUGACUGCUACUCAGUGAACGGUGACACUGAAGGUCCUGAUGGACAGAUAGAGUUCGACAAGUCCUCAACCAUUCCUCGCCACUCCAACAUUGCCCAGAACUACCGACGCAUGAUCCAGACCAAGAGGCCAGCCAGCACAGCUGGGCUACCCAGUGGGGUUCUUGGUCCUGGUGCUCAUGGCAUACCAGGACAGCCCGGUGGAGCAGGGGGAGGUGGAGCAGGUACUCCAGGCACUGCCACUAUCCGCCGAACCCCCUCUACCAAGCCGGGCGUGAGGCGCACACUGUCCAAUGCGGGGCCCAUUCCCAUCCGACCACCCAUUGUGCCUGUCAAGACACCCACUGUUCCUGGAGACUCACAUUCACCUGGCGCUGGUGCUGGUGGGUAUGCAGGUGGAGGGCGUGUAGGCAGUGAAGAGUGUGUGUUCUUCGCUGGAGUUGAGGAUGCACAGGGAGCGCUUGAUUAUGUGAAGGCCUCUCCGAAGCGCCUCAGCCUGCCUAACACUGCCUGGGGAUCAGGGGCAGCAUUAGAGGUCUAUGCCCAGCAGCAUGGGGGCCUUGCAAUGGGAGCAGGCUCAGGGGCAGGAUCAGAGGAGGAUCAGAUGAUCGCUGCCAAUCGCCACAGCUUAGUCGAAAAGAUUGGUGAGUUGGUAGCCAGCGCGCACGCCCUUGGAGAGGGGCAGUUUCCUUUCCCUGCCCUACCCGAUGAUCCAGCACUGCCACCAGCUGGCCCCAGCGACACUCAGACAGGGGCAGAAGGGGCAGAAGGGUCCGGUGACAUGUUGACCACCAUCAGAAGAGGAGUCCGGCUUCGGAAGACCGUAUCCAAUGACCGCUCAGCACCACGCAUCUUGUGAUUGGAGGAGAAGCAGGAAGAGGAUGAUACUUGUCAGCCAAUAGGGAAUCAGGUGUUGGUGUGGUGCAACCCAACCACAUAGUACAUACACAAAAACUUAACCAUGUAGGGAAAGUUAUAAUAUAAGAGAAGAUGAAUAACAAAAAACAAAAAACAUGCACAAAAAUAAGUUUAAUGACAUGACAUCAUAGAGUAAAUGAUAUAUAACAUAAUGAUAAUAAUAACAUUAAUAAUGUUAACCCAUGCUGACAAUUAAAAGUUAACUACUGAAUAUUGACAGGCUCCUAGCUGGCCACUAUAACUAGUGUGUGUUGGACGCAUGUUUGUCUUCUCUACACCUUCACCCAGGGAUGGAAAGACUCACAGAAAAAAACAGAUAAGAUAAAAAAAAAUACAAAGAAAGAGAGCAAGACUGGGUUCUUUUUGCCAAUUUACACCCUUCCCCAUCCUCUUCUCCAACUAACCGACUGUCUAAUCCCAGAUGAAAGACUGAUGACUGAAGGAGGGGCGGGGCGGGGGGUCAGAGUGCCAUGUAACAGCUGGAUUUGAACCCAGGCUGUCUCAGCAGCAACAUACUGUACUUAUUAGCCCACUGAACUGAAGCUUUGGUAUUAGCACGGGGAGCUAACAAGCCAGAGGGCUCCUCUGGCUCAUCCUCAUGUAAAAGAGUCUUUAAAAAAUACUGUUGGCAUUGAACCGUGCUAGUGCCCCCUUCCCCUCUCUCUCUCUCUGCGUGUGUCCUGUGUGUGUAUUCAUGUGUAUGCACGUGGGCAAAUGGAAAAUAUGAGUGUGUGUGAACAUGUGAUUGUG